AUGCAAGUUAUUGUUGCUUCCGAGAGUGUCUCCUCAGCUCUUACGUUCCUUGCACUCCUCUUUUGUUUGCUAUUGUACACCAUCGUGGGUAAGAUGCCUUUGGAGCCGGGCGUUGUCUUUACGGUGGUGGUUGUCUUCAACAUCGUGAAUAGUAUGUUCAGCCUAAGCGUUCUCGGGGCAGGUCAGUAUGCUCAAGCAACGGUCAGUCUCGACCGUCUGGGCAAGUUCCUCGACCAGCCAGAAAAAGUAGCUUGCUCCAGGUAUGAGGAAGCAAAUACGUGUGAAACUGCUUCCCAGGACACAUUCAUCACCGUCCAGCCUGAACCGUGCAAAGCGCCAAUCCAAGCGGAUCUAGAAUUUAUUGCGCCCGGGUUAAAUGUUGUAACCGGCGAUGUAGGAUCCGGCAAAUCUUUGUUAUUGCAGUCGCUGCUCUUUGAUAGGGAAAAGGUCCAUAAAACACAAUUCGAGCCGAUCGCUUAUGCGCCCCAGAAUCCCUGGUUGUUCAGAGGCACCAUCAGGGACAACAUCCUUUUUGGGACUUCAUUCAAUCAAGAACGAUACAGGAGCGUCAUCAAAUGCUGCGCGCUAGAACCAGAUCUCGCAACCUUCAAAGACCACGACCUGAAGGAUGUCGGGGAAGGAGGCAGCAGGCUCUCCGGAGGCCAACGCCAACGAGUUGCUCUUGCUCGAGCAGUUUACUCCAAUGCUGAGACCGUGCUUCUGGACGAUGUUUUGUUGGGAUUGGAUCCGAAGACCUUCGAGUGGAUUGUUAACAAUUGCAUUCUGGGACCGCAGAUGAGGAAUCGCACAGUGAUUCUUGUCUCGAACAAUGAUAAGUUACUAAGAAGGGCCGGUAUGAUCGUGUAUAUGAGAAACGGCACAGUUUCUCGAACUGCACGCCCGAAAAUGAGUGAAAUUGCGGUCAUCGACGAUGGUGGUGUUGUUCAUUUCUCUCCGGUAUCUGCCGUUGGUGUUGUCUCAGAAAGCGACUGUUCUGAGGGAAACAAUAAACCAUGCGAGGACAACAACGAGAAAUCAAACGACUUUGACAACCUUCGAGGGCGCAUUGGUUUCAAAUACAUUAGCAAAUACAUACGGUCUUUUGGAUGUCGCACCUUCAUUGCUACCAUGGCCCUGUUCACCAUCUCAGCCCAGGCUAUGGAUAUUGUAUUGCCCACGUGGCUCUCUGUCUGGAGUCGGGCUUAUUCUGGGGGCUCUAGCACUCACCCCGGCUUCUUUAUUGGCAUAUUCACAGGCCUCGGAGUUGCGCGUAUACUGCUGCUAACCAUCUCACUCAUCCUUUUAUAUUCAGGCGCCUGGAGAGCAAGUCGUGACAAGCACAUGGAAAUGCUAGUUGUAGUUUUUGGUGCCACAUAUGCUUGGAUUUGGCGUACACCAGCUGGACAAGCCAUUAACCGGUUUUCUUCCGAUAUGGCCAGCCUUGAUGACACACUAUUCAAGACCCUGCGACCAGUUCUCGAAACCUAUCUUUCCAUCGCCUUCCGCAUUCUGACCGUGUCCUCCUUGGUUCCACUCUUCCUGCUACCGUCUAUUGUGCUCACAGGUCUUGCGCUCUACAUUGGUUAUCGCUAUCGAUUUGCAUCAACAGCGGUGAAGCAUAUGUACGCUGGCAGCCUGACACCUCUCCAUCACAGUAUCUCCGAAACCGCAUCGGGUCUGAUGACCGUGCAUGCGUACAGGGCGGAGAAGGUUCUACAGGAUAGAUUCAACGCCGCUGUCGACCAUCACGUCCGAGCUUGGAACGGAGUCAGUGACCUCCAGCGAUGGCUAGCGGUGAGAAUGGACCUUUGCGUUGGACUCAUCUCUUUCUCUGUGGCGGUUCUAGCUGUUACACAAAGGCAUGCGAAUGCAUCAACGGUUGGUCUCAGCUUGACACUGACAACGGGGCUGUGCACAUCCCUUCUUUAUCUUGUGUAUCUUUCAAGUCUCCUGGAAGUGGAGAUGACUAGCUAUUACAGGAUUGAGAACUAUAUCAAGGAUCUCCCACAGGAGCUUGGUCCGUGUGAUGGAUCUAACGUGACCGAGCCCGAGGAAUGGCCAACGCAGGGGGUGGUCCACAUUCGGAAUCUGACAGCUGGUUAUUCUUGGGAUGAAAAUGAAGUGCUGAAAGACGUUAACUUCAGUGCGCUGGCUAGAGAGCGAGUCGCUAUUGUAGGCCGGACAGGAAGCGGGAAGAGUUCGCUCGCGUUGAGUUUGCUUCGACUUGCCACCAAGCUCCGCGGGUCUAUUACCAUUGACGGUGUCGAAAUAGACUCCCUUGACGUGGAGAAAUUGCGACAACGCAUAAGCCUCAUCCCACAGGACCCUACCCUGUUUGACGGAACCAUUCGAUUCAAUUUAGACCCAAGUAGCCGACUGCCCGACGAGCACCUACAGACCAUCCUGGAUGACGUGGCGGGCGCACCGAACAAAUGGAGGCUGGAUGACCCAGUCGAAGGAAACGGGAAGAACUUCUCCCAUGGCGAACGACAGCUUAUCGCUCUUGCUCGGGCAAUGGUGAGCCGGAAUCGGAUAGUCAUCCUAGACGAAGGGACAGCGAGCCUUGACAAAGACAGCGAAGCGCGCAUCCACAUUGUCCUGCGAGAACGAUUCCGCGACUGCACCGUCAUCGCCAUUACACAUCAGUUACACAACAUCGUCGACUUUGACCGGGUUCUUGUCUUGGACCAAGGCCGAGUAGCCGAGCAAGGGAAUCCACGAGAUCUAUUGAGUGCAGCAGGGAAGGGGUGGUUCCAGUCGCUGUAUAUGCAGCAACAUGGUCCUCAUCCGCGGCCUCAUCCGCGUACUGAUUGA